CAGACGCCAACGCACUUUGCAUCGCGUGUUCCAGUGGAGCCUUACUCCAACAAUCCUUUACCGCCUCCACCGCCUCCCCCUCCAGGAUACCACCCGAGGCACUAUCCUGGCGCUGCCCCACCGUACUACCAAAAUCAUCCUUACGGCUUGAGUCAGCAGACAGGCUAUCCAAAUCCUUAUGCCACCUCACACUCUUCCUCCUCUUCCUAUCCGGAACCGUGGAAUUAUUACCAACCAGGAUAUCCUCAUCAUGGCAGCCCUACUCAACAUCAUGACUCCUCUUUUCGGGGGAUGCCUGCUUUAGAGAACGGACUUGCAAUUGAAGACGGCUCUGGUGACGUUUUUACCCGCAUUGCAAAUACUAUACCUGAUCUUCAUGUUCUGCUCGCACGAUACAAGGAGACGCAUAGUCAACUCAGCGUAAGAGAAGACUUGCUUCGCCGAUCAAGUAUUGAACAAGAGGAGAAGUUGAGAGCCAAGGAUGAUGAGAUCCACGUGUUGAAAGGAAAGAUUAGUAACUUGCAGAACAAGCAUUCCACUGAGGCAGGCAGACUGCGAUUCGAGAUUGGUAACGUGGAAGAGCAGGCGAAAGAGCUUCGGGAACGGGUCGCUCAAACGGAGAAAUCCAAAGAAGAGACCAAGUUGGCACUCGACGCGGCCAUGACGUCCUGGGCAUCCAAGUAUAAGGAGCUGGAAGACUCGUAUGCGGCUCUGGAAAGGUCUGCUGCCGAGGAGAAGGCAAAGGCCUGGGCAGAGUUCCACGAAUGGAGGUCGACCGCCACCACGAGGCACGAUGCCGAGAAGAUCGCCCUCGCCAUACAAUUCGACAAGAAACUCAAGGAAGCCGACAUCCUUGCCGACAUCCGAAGACAAGAAGUCGCAUCGGAAUAUCAGAGACAGCAGCGCGAACGUGAAGCUAGCUUUGAUAGAGUACGUACAGACCUUGAGCUUAAACUUGAAGCAGCCCAGAGAGAUCGCGAAGAAGCCCUCAAGCUAGAGCGCGAGAGUCGAAACAUCUGGCUGGCCGAGCGCGACACACUUGUGAAGGCUCACCACGAAGAUCAUGAAAGCCUCAAACAGACCUGGGAUGAGCAGCGUGAUCUCCUGGAGACACAACACAAGCAGGCCAAGGAUGAGUCUGAGAAAUCCUGGAUCGAACUUCACGACGAUGCGAGUCGCAAAGCCGAAGAAGAGAGAGAAAGGGUUGAUCAGUUGUCGUCGGAGAGGGAAGAGUUGCUGAGGAAGUACAACGAGUUGAAGGCUGAAAGUCUGAAAGAGAAGGAAAUCAUCAAGAGCGUCGCCACCAACCUCGAGUCCGAGAAGGCCAGGUUGGAGAAGCUCAUGGAAUGUUACGGCGACAUUGCGGAGAUCAAAAGCAAGGGGGAUACAUACUACUCGGUGUCCUUCUCGCAACUCCAGAAGCAAAUCCUCGACCUCGCCACAACCCACUUCGUGCAUCUUCCAGUGCGUCCACCAACAGAAGACCUGACACAAGUUCCAAUGAAUCUGCCGUCCUUCCUCGGGGAUACGAAAGCCUCCAGGCAGGUUCGUGCUACAUACGUGGCGCACACAGUGUCAAAACUGAUCACAUAUCGAGUCUUCGGCCCCUUCUUGUUCAGUCUUGGUCGUCGUUAUGACAAGGCCGACUCUCUGUUUCUUUCCAUGAGCAACCACAUCCGCGACAAGAGCACGCGCAAAGAAGCCAUCUGGAGACAGCAAACGCUUCUUGCGGCAUUCACGAGCAGUGGUGCAAAGCAGCGUAUCAACACCGCGGCUGGCACCGUCGUCGAGGAGAUUGUGAAUGCGAUCAAGCAUUUUGCUGAUCCGAAGGAGGAAGAGGGUAUCAAGAUCGCGGUGAAGAGGAUAGUGAAGCUUGCUGCUGAGACAUGGCGGUUCGCGCGCCUCGAGCGCGAGAUGAUCACAGCGACAAUGCCUGCUCUACAGGAUGAAGAACACAAAUUCACAAGCAUAGAGUAUUGGCCAGCUUACAUGUCUAAUAGCACGACCACAUCCGGAGCCGUGUCAUCGGCUGACGACCAGCCCAAGCUGCUUCUGAGGCUCUUUCCGGUCAUCUACCGUGAAUCGAAGCACGAGAAUUUCCAGAACAACGGCGAGCAGCCUGACGAGGGUUGCAUAUACCAUCAUGGUCUGGCUCUGUAUGACAAUGCAGAGCCGGUUGUUCGAAGGGCGGAAGAGCUCAAAUCAGCCGGUUUGCCUUCCUUUACAACUGCUUCUCCGACGAAUGCUGAACGUGGGAAGUUUCCGCCGCCGGUGGUCCCUCCGCCUCGGGACCCUGUUCCGCCUCUACCGGAGACUGAGACUAUGAUGUCCAUAUGCUCAAUGUCAAAUCCUCCUCCCCUUUCGCCGACCGAAACCUCUGGGGAAAUCUCGGGCAAGCAAACAACACCUCCAUCCGCUCGUUCGUUAAAUCGAUCUGUGGACACACCUCCAAGCCGAGUACUUGCGUACCAGCGCCCACCUCCAGCCCCGAUCGACUAUCCGACUCCUAGAAACAUCAUGGGUCUCCCACUGCCGAUCGGAAGCAUGUUUGCCUCGAAGAAGGCUUCUGUCGCUUCAGGCGCGGCCAUCCUACCAAUGUCCAUCGCGGAGUCGAAUGAGGACUCAACCCUUCCAGAACCUACAGACAGUGCCAUGUUCUCAGAAUCCUUCUAUGAGCUUUCCAUACAAGACAACAAGGACCCCCCCACACCACCCCAUUCUUGCUCCGGCACACCAACACGUGCCGCUUCCCCUCUCUUCGAGACAGCAGACGAGGCUGAGCCUUUGCCAACCCAUCGCCGACGACCCUCGGUGGCUUCGCGCCGCCGCUCAAGCCACAUCCGUCAUCGAUCUGAGGACGAGCUCCCGCCCGUACAUCCGCAACCCGAUCUGACGGAUCUCAAACGUCGAUCAACCGGCUACGCACUCAGCACCCGUACCUCCAGAACCGCCGAAAGUGAGCGCUCAGAACGCAGCGAGAGAUCUGAGCGUACAGAGCGCUCGGACAAGGCUCGCUUCAUGUACGAAAGCCGCAGUGCUGCGAUCAAGGCCUUGUACCCGAACAGCCCCGUUGUGGGCCAGGGAGAGAAGAGCUCUCGCGAUUCCAUCAGGAGCUCUAAGAAGAAAGAUCGAGACUCGAAAGAGUUGAAGCGAGAGAAGAGUGCGCCUAGUGCACCCGCGAGCAUAUCUGACACGUUCGAGAUGCGGAGGCGGAGAAGCAUCCCAGAUAAUGGGACUUGGGACACGACGUCCUAUAUCACAGGAGUUCCGACAGGCAACCCAUUCUCGAGUAGGCGGAUGCCGAAGAGUGUUGCUGAAACUUGGAUCCCUGACAAUGGAACUUGGGACACAUCUUCUUGCAUCACAGGGAACCCAACGGCUACUCAGGUUUCGAGGCGCAUGGCGAAAAGCAUUGCGGAUAACGGGACCUGGGACACAGCUUCGGUCAUCACGGAAGCCCAGCCGCCCACUCAAGUUUCGACCAGGAAGAGGCCGAAAAGCAUUCCUGACAACGGGACUUACGUUCCUGACAAGGCGGCUCAUAUUGAUGACAAUGUGACUUACAUUCCCGACAACGCGACUUUCAUUUCUGACAAUGGGACUUGGGACACAGCCUCUGUCGCUACGGGAUACCCGACGGGUACACAAAUCUCCUCGAGGCGAAGACCGGUCAGUAUCCUUGAUACCGAAACCUGGAUCCCCGACAACGGGACUUGGGACACGAUGUCUUAUGUCACGGGGAACCCGACGGGCACUCAAAUCUCUACUAGACGGAGGGCCGAGAGUAUAUCUGAUAACGGGACUUGGGAUACGAAUUCCAUCAUGACAACCGACCCCACGAGAACGGAAUUCUCCACGCACCGGUACAAGUAGACGUAACAGUCUCAGUCGCCAGGAUAGCGUCGUGUUUUUUUUUGGGUGUUUUUGCGAUCGAGUCGAAUUUGCCUUUGUUCCAAGGGACAAGGAUUGUUUAUACCUGGCGUUCUGUGGCCUUGUGCCUAACGUUUUUUUUGUUGCUCCUUUUUUGUUUUGCUUCGACGCAUUUUGUAUAGCAACGGCUUGCAUUCGAAGCAUUGCUGAGGAGUUUUCCGCAUCCACGACGUAUGAGCAUGUAUCACAUCACAUCACGGCUGAAGAACGAACGCAUUACGAAAUGGGCGCGCAGCAUCGUCAACGACAAGAUAUCUAUCAAAACAUAGCGAGGCGUUUUUUGGGGAGGGGGAUGGGCUUUUGCGCUUCUCAGCGUUUAAUCUUGUUUUUGCCUUCGUGCAGGACUGUACAGUAUAUAUACCACGCUAGCUAGAACCAAAUUGAGCCCGUUUUUCU